GGGCGCUAGUAGGAAGCUUUUACACUGUAGCCUGGCUGGCCCAUGAAGCCUCUCUUCCUUCCUCUUUCUUUUCUUUCUACCUCCCUCCUGCCGCCUGCCCUUCUUUUCUCCUCCCUUACACACACACACACACACACACACACACACACACACACACACACACACACACACACACAUACACACAUGCCGGGAGGCAUACACAAGGGCAUUCAUCAGUCCUCCACCUCCCCUCCCAGCCUUCGCCGCCUCCUCCUCCUACUCUGGCUGCGGCUGGCGAGGACACGUCAAGGGAAAUAAAUAAAUAAAUAAAUCCAUUCACCCUGUGACAGCGAAAAGAACCGGCUGCGGCGGGGGGGCACGCACAACGCCGAGCGCCCACCCACUCACCGCGAGCUAGAGACCAGGUAAAUGCUCUGAUGCACACCAAGGACUUAUUUGGAAUUGACUUCUGAAUCAGCCAUUCUGAUGAUCACAGGCUUUCCUUCUGUUAAUUUUGGCCUUUAUCCUAGUGCAGUGCUUUCCUAUGAAGCACAUUCAAGCUGAAUCUUGGAAUAGAACAGGCUGCUUGUGCCUAGAGAGCUAAUCUCUUUGAGCAGCUGAGAAAAGUGGCAGUAUCUGGAGAGCUCUCUUCAUUCAGGUAUCUGAAUCACAAGAAAGGACAUCAAAAUGCCACCAGCAGCAAGUGGUCCACCUCAGUAUCCACCCCCAGAUGGAGGAUGGGGCUGGGUUGUGGUUCUUGGUGCUUUCAUUUCCAUUGGAUUUUCCUAUGCAUUUCCCAAAGCCAUCACAGUGUUCUUCAAGGAAAUUCAGGAGAUAUUUCACAGUACCUACAGUGAGAUAGCAUGGAUAUCAUCCAUUAUGCUUGCUGUUAUGUAUGCAGGAGGUCCAAUAAGCAGCAUUUUGGUGAAUAAAUUUGGCAGCCGGCCAGUAAUGAUAGCAGGAGGUAUACUAUGUGCUUUGGGAAUGAUUUCUGCUUCUUUUUGUACUAGUGUAAUACAACUUUACCUCUGUGUGGGAUUUGUUGGAGGUUUAGGCUUAGCUUUCAAUCUACAACCUGCCUUAACCAUGAUUGGCAAGUACUUUUACAAGAAAAGACCCAUUGCUAAUGGAUUGGCCAUGGCUGGAAGUCCUGUGUUCUUAAGUACAUUGGCACCUUUCAAUCAGUUUCUUUUCAAUCAUUUUGGCUGGAAAGGGAGCUUCUUGAUAUUGGGAGCAGUCCUUUUGAACUGUUGUGUGGCUGGGUCACUCAUGAGACCUGUUGGACCCAAACAAGCUCCUGCUAGAAACGAUGUUGAGAAAGUACUGGGAGAGACAAGUGUACAGAAAAUCAUCAAGAGAAAAUCAGCAUGUGAAACUGUCAAUAAAUAUUUAGACCUGUCCCUUUUCAAGCACAGGGGGUUCCUGAUUUACCUGUCAGGAAAUGUCAUUAUGUUUGUUGGCUUUUUUGCACCAAUUGUGUUCCUGGCACCAUAUGCAAAACACAAAGGAAUUGAUGAAUAUUCUGCAGCCCUUUUGCUGUCCAUCUUGGCCUUUAUAGAUAUGUUUGCUCGGCCUUCUAUGGGUAUAUUGGCAAACACCAAGCUGAUCCGGCCUCGUAUCCAGUACUUCUUCAGUUUUGCAGUCUUGUGUAAUGGCAUCUGUCAUCUAUUGUGCCCUCUGGCAGAAAGCUACAGUGGCUUGGUGGUAUAUGCUGUAUUUUUUGGCUUUUCCUUUGGCAUGGUCAGCAGUGUCCUCUUUGAAACUCUCAUGGACCUUGUUGGUGCCACAAGGUUCUCCAGUGCAGUGGGACUUGUCACUAUUGUGGAAUGCUGCCCUGUUCUGAUUGGCCCUCCAUUGGCAGGUAAACUGGUGGAUGAAACUGGAGAAUAUAAGUACAUGUAUUUUUGCUGUGGGGUGAUUGUGACUAUAGCUAGCAUAUGGCUGUUUGUUGGCAAUGCUAUCAACUAUAAGAUGUUGGCCAAGGAAAAAAUGUUAGAAGAAGAAAAGCAGAAAGCCCUAAACCAUGCUGACUCCAAGGAAGUAGAACCUUUGACCAAUAAUGAAAAUGAUGACAUUACUGUCCGAGCUACCAAAGUACUUGAUGAUCCCUCAGAAAGAGAAACGAAUAUUUAAUGGGAAUCAUCACUCAGAUAUCAGUGUUUCCAACUUCCUUUAAAAUAUAGGGCAGUUUUUUUUUUAGUUAUAAUGAUCAGCUAUAGUUAUUGAUGGAGAUAGAAUUUUGUUCAAUGACAAGAUUCUAAUCAAUUUGUUAUUGAUGACUUUUUUUUAUGAUUGUGGUGGUGGUAAGAUUCUUUGUUGUUGUUGAGUUGCAAAUAUGCAAAGGAAUCCAGUCUCAACCAGGAUUCUGAACUCUGUGGGUAAGAUAUUGAUUUAAAGUCUUCCAGUGACAAGUGAACUUGGUCACAAAUACAGAAGUAAAUUCUCAUUACUACAUUAUCUGCUUCAUACGCUACAGGAAAAUAUUUGUCUGAACCCUCAGGAUGAUACUUAUUCCUAUGAAUAUCUCCUCUUCACAGUGUUUGUUUUUUUUUUUUUUUUGAUGUUUGACAAAAAGAGUGGAAUCAACUAAAGGGAGGAAAAGACUGCUACAAAGAGUAUUGAGGAUAAAACCAACACCAGACCUAUGUACAAUGCAACCAAUAACAUACUAUUUGUGGGAUUUUUGUUUGUUUAAAUUACAGUAUGCCCAGGGUGACAAAAUGAUGCAUUAUUUUUACAUUAGCCUUUACAGUAUGAAUGUUAAAAUCAGGAGAUAAAAUGAGUAGGUCUUUAUUCUAAAUGCAAUUAAUGACUAAAUGAUAGUGUUUGUAUAUAUCUAAAGUAACCUUUGUGAAAAUGAUGAAAUUGAUAUGCUAAAACAAUUACUUUUGAGGCCAUAUAAUUAAUCCAGAUGUUUCUGGUGUCAGUUGAUUGACUAUAACCUAAAGAAACAAAUCUUAUUUUUUAAGAUUUUUAGUCAUUAAAAUAUCCCAGAUAAAGGAAUCAGAAGGGACAGGAAGUCAAGGAAAGUGGUUAGGAAUCGCCUCAAGUAAUACAUUUAAAACAGUUUUAGGUCUACAAUGACAAGACAUAGCAAUUAGGGAUUUCUGUUGAAUAUAUUAGUAAUCUCAAGUUAGAGUUUUAUUUUUAUUUUUUGACCAGUUUAUUGAUGUUAUAUAGUACAACCAGCUGGCCCUCUUGUUGACAGACCUUCAUUGAGGCUAAAUUAUGACUUUCCCCUAUACCUGGAAGAAGUGCCUGCAUUGAAGGAGAGCAAUCUGAUUGGCUCUACUGUGGGUCCAGUCCAGUGGGUCUUCCCAGUGUCCCAGGCUCACAGGUAGCUAAUCUAAAAUGCCUCAACAUGAUAGUACUGGAAAAUUCAAAUCCUGUAGCCAUCAGACUCAGACAGCUUAUAGAGGCAACUGAGUGAAACAGUGUCAAGUUGGGUUCUGACCAUUUCAGCUAUCUCAUUUUUACUUUAUAGUCACAGCAUGGAAUAUAAUGAUGAGAAGCUUGUGUGGAUGCUUUUCAAAUUUAGGAACCAGUUUCUCAUUUUUGAACCCUUGUAAGAUUUCUGGAAAUCUAUAAUACCAUUUUAAGGAAAAUUAGAUAUUAACCUUAUUCUUUCAAAGUCUCAAAUUUAAAAAAAAUAACAUUUUAAAUUAGAAAACAUUAAUAAUAUGACAAUUUCAGUUGUAAAUAUUAAGUUCUAUAGAUUUGAAUUUUAGUAUUAUAAUUAAUAAAAUAUUUUAUGUUUUCUUACUGCGAUGAAAUCACCUUAAUGAUGUCAGAUGGAAUUUUCUUUCUUGCUGCUGUUUUUUUUUUCCUUUCUUUUUUUCUUGAACAUAGGGAAGGUAGCUAUUCUGAUAGACAAUAGGAAAACACAUAUCAAUCCUUUUGAAAUCAUGAACAAUGAGGAUCUGAUUCGUAAAAUAUUUAUGUACUGUUCAUGCAAGAUACUUAUACAUCUUUACAAAGAUAUGUGAAAUUUCACAUUUCAUUUACCUUUUGCCUUUGAAAAAUAACAUGUAAAAGUGUUAGAAUACCAAAAAAAAAAACAUUAAGUUAAGUAGAACAAGAUGUGCCAAUAUCACAGGUAAACAAAUCAGGGAAAAUUUGGCAAGUAUGGGAGAGUAUUUAAGUGAAUUGUGUCUGAUCCUGAUGUUUAAUUUAGCUAUUUUCAUAGAUUUAUAUUUUUAUAUUUUACUCUGAUUUGUCAUAACAGGUGCAGAAUCACAAAUUAUCUUUCUCCUCUCUAGACUUAAACACCUUUUCUAGAAACAAACAAACAACAAAAAAAAAACCUCAUUCUUAAUCUUUGAAGAUGUAUGAUUAAAAUAAUGUGGAUCUCAAACCUCAUGUAUAGGAACUAAAUAACCCCAAAGUAUGGGAUUCUUGUCUUUCCUAUCAGCUGGAGGUGGCCUCUGUUGCAGUGGCCUAAAUUUUCAUUGCUCCUUUUUUCUCUCAACAAAUGAGAUGGGCAACUUCUUAUAAUUUGCUCCCACUGAUCAGUUUAUGGUUAAACCAACACUCUAUCAUUUGUUGGUUUUAGUCAUUGAUUCCUAGUUCCUUGUACUGUUUUUGUUUUUAAACUUUGUUUUUUUAAAUGAGAAACAGAAUAUAACUAUUGCCCAACAGAUGGGCUUGCAAAAACUCUUAGAGUGACACACUUGUACUGUACAAUAGUACAAAUAUGCACAUAUAAUCCCUAUUCACAAUUGUAAUAGGGGUUAAAACUGAACACACUUGAAAUAGUGGUGUAGAUAUACCCACUGGGGCCAGAUCUGUGCUAGGGUAGCCCAAAGUUUUUCCAUCAGGAUUUGAUUUGUUUUAUUUGAUUUCUAGUCUAGUUAUUGCCUCUGUCAAAAUCUUACCAAGAAGAAUGAAGAAUUUAAGCCAAGGGUAUUCAUCAUAAUAUGUCUCAUGAGAGGGCACAUAUAAGAUUUUAUGUGAAUGAAGCAAUACAUGUUGGACAAAGUUCUCCCUUAUUUGAAGUAUGUGUAAGCUUCAACUCUGCAGAAUCGCAUGUGAAAUGAACCUACUUAAAUCCUCUUUGAGUCCUAUUUGAACAUUACUCUGAAGACUUCUGAUGCUAUGUUAUGAGAACAAAAGGUCUUAAACCAGAAACAUAGAUGAUUUCUGUUUAUGCAAUCUCUUUGCACCAAGUAGGAGAAUCAGGUGCUCUGGAAUUUCCAGAGUUGCUAUGGAAAGGAGUUUCAUUUUUUUAGGCUUGGAAAAAAUGUGAAAGAAUUUAGUUCCAUAUCUAUGUUUUCAUGAAUAACUCUUUUACCACACACAAAUCUACCCUUAAUGAUGUGCUGAAUUUUUAUUGCCACCCCUCCCAAAAUGGCACAAAUGAACUACUGUCAGCUGAAUAGUAAGACAAGAACUUUGUGUCUUUUUAUCUGGUUGCACUGAUCAAUCCAUUGGGUAUGCUCCUGGCCAAUCCUUUUUGUGACCCACAGCACAAAUUUGAGACAGAUAGUCAAGAUUGCAAUAUAGAAGGAAAUUCUUUUUCCCCCUUCUGUUUAAAGCUAAUUGGUUCACAAACUUUACUUCAGCAUCAUGUUCUUUCUGAGCCCAUAAACCCAUAUACCUGACUUUAAACACCUUCAAAAUAGUGAUAUGCUUAAGCUGUUAAUGCUAAAAUAAUCAUGUUAUAAACCCAUUUCACCUAUGUAUAUCUGAAUAAGCAGCAUUGCUUCAUGGAAACUAUGGAAAACACCAUGAGAAUUUAAGUAUAAGAAAAAUUUAUGGCAAUUUCCCUAUUUAAAGAAAUAUGUCUUCUCUAGGAACAUCAAGAAUAAAAUGCCAAAGCAGCUAGAAGAAAAAAAAAAUGCUAAAAAAAAUUGAUCAUAGCAUUAGGCUCACUGCAUUAGGCAUUACAGUCUGAGUACAAGAGAAUUUAGUCCUUAUGUGGACCAAACAACAGGGUAUCUAAACCUAAUGAUAGGUUAAAAUUGAAUGGAAGUCAUUUAAUUACACAGCAAAGAAUGAUUAGCAAACAUGUGCCCCAAAUGCCCCACAUUUCUGCAAUAAUUUAUAUUAUGUUUUUACUUAGAAGUUUGCUGGAAACUGGAUUUGCUGUAACCCAAAUACAUCAUUUCUAAUUGCUAGCAUUUCUAGGAAAUGCAAAAUGUUUGGUCUCCAAAUAAUGCUAAUGAUGAAAAAAUAGCCAUGUCAUUUUUUAUGUAACUCCUUUUUCCUCAUUAAUAAUAAUGACUUGUAUUUAUAUAACUUAAGCAUCAUAAAUUUCCCUGGGGCUGGGUUUAGAAGAAAAUGUUAUUAAUUUUUAUGAUUAUCUAGUUCUCAAUAUUAAUGGCAAAUAGCUCAUUAGCUGUUUGUUGUGAUGCAAAAAAAUAAAAUCUGCUCAUUAAAGAAUGUGUUAUCUUCUAUGCCAAGUUGUACUGAUAAGUUCCGUGUUUGGUACUCUUUCUAGCAACAAACACAUCAUGAAAAGAAUAUGUGAUUUAGGCAAUUUAAUUCAUUUUUCUGAGAUACAUGAGUUUUUAAUAGUUGUGCACAAUUUAUCCCUUAUACUACAGCUCAGUUUUCAUGUUCUCUUUAGAAUGUAUCUAUAUCUCUCUUUUUAAAAAUUUGCUUCACUGAAACUGAAAAUUUCAUUUAUUGUUGUCUUGUUAACUUUAUAUAAACAUUAGAGCUUGAAAGGGACCUUAAACAUUGUCUAAUCUUGCCUCCAGCCUCCAAAUUUCAGGUAAAAAAACAAAAAAACAAAAAUUCAAGCUUAAAUUUAUGACAUGACAAGCCUAAAAUGAUAUAUCUAAGUUAAUGACAGACUCAAGACUGGAACCUCUAAUUCCUGAAUCUCUCUUCCCAAUACCCCAUCCUAGCUCCAGCAUAUUAAAAAAGUGUCUGUGCCCCUCCUCAUGUGCUUUAAAAAUAUGAUUAAAAUAUUUAAAAUAAUGUUCUACAGCUUGUCUAUUCAUAUGACUUGCUGUUGUUUCUAUUACAGUAUUUUCCUCAAACUAAUAUACAGUUUUAUACUUAGGGUCAAAAAAAUCACCUAUAAAAGUGUACAAUUCAGUGAAUAUUUUAAUUCAACAAAUAUUCAUUAAGUACAUACUAUAUACAGAAUAAUGUAUUAAGGGAUGAUUACAUGUAGUAAUAUCAUUGAGACAUGGAAUAGUUCAAUUUCAAUUCUGUUUCAGUGAAUUUUUAUUGAACACUUAGCAUAUAUGUUGAGCUCUGGAGCUGCAAAGACAAAAAUGAAAGCAGGCUUUGUUAAGAAAGUUAUUUUCCAUUGGGUGAUAGCAAUGGAAUUGUCUGCUGAAGUAAUGUUUGUACCUCAAGCACACAAUUUCAAGUAUGCUUAUACCAAAGAAACAGUGGCAUAUCCUUGCAGUGACCUCCUCCCUCUUCCCUAAUUUUCUUUCAUCUUUCAGCUUUUUUUUAAUAUCUAGAUGGAAAUGCUAGCCAAUUUUAAAGACAAGUAUGAUCCCUAAUGGGAAGAUGGGAAGUGGGAGAUCAAUGUGAAGGCUGAAAACUUCAAUUAGAGAUGCCAUAUAAGAGUAUCAUGUGAUUUACCAAAGUAAAAAUUUACUUUAGUUGAUACAAUUUGAAAAUUAAUUGAGUCCCAAACUAUAUCUAUCUACUUUUCUUUCCUAACACAACCAACUGUCUGAAUGUUUUAAACAACUUUACAUUGUUUAAUUUAGAGAUGUUGUGUUGAAGAUGUUUUCCUUAGUUACAGAUAUAACCACUUUUAUUCAAGCAUCAGGGUUGUUCAAUUUAUUUUGACACUCCACUAAAGCUUUACUUCACUAGUUAAUUGUUAAUACAAAGGAUACUAUGCUAUUUAAAAUUUGGUCAAGUUAGAAUGUGAAUGAAAAAGUCCCUGCUUUCCAUCAGUGAAUCUAAAUGUCCUCGGCUAGAAUAAAGCUAUCAAAGAUAGCCUAAAGUAUGUUGUGUUAACAAUAUCAUGUCCUGGAACUCUUUGCCUCUGGUAGAAGUUAUUUUCAAGUUUGAUUAAAAAUAUUUUGGUACAUUUGAAAA